UGGAGGCGAUUGAGGCUGAUGUGAAGGCAUUGGAGAGGGCGGCAGCGCAAGCUGAGAGGGCGAUGGAUGAAGCCACUGCUGCGUUGAACGAAGCUGAUGAAGAUAAUAGGAGGGCUAUGUCGGAGUUGAGUGCGGCUGAUGAGAGAGUGAAGAAAUUUCAAAAGGAAGUUGGCGAAGCGAAGAGUUUACUGAAAAGUGCCACCACAUCCAAUGAUGCCGCUGAUGCUGCAGUGAUUAAAGCGAAUGAAAGUAAUAUUUUGGCAGAAAGUGAGGAAAAGGCACAGUUGGAAGCGUUGAUAGGAUUAUCGCAACGACCUGGUGCAUCCCAGAGGGAGCCGGUGCGGAGUGUGAAGGAUGCUGGAAACAUGGAACAGGACGCUGAAAAGAGAAAAGAGGAUGCUGAAAAGCUGAAGGAAGCUAUGAGUGCGCUGGCAAGGGCU